AUGGAGUUGCUCAUCUGUGCUCUCGUCUCACUCGCCCUAGGCGCCUAUGCAGAGCCUGUGAAAAGAGUAUCCCCGACAGACAUGAAGCUGUAUUUUGAAGAGAAUUUAUCUAAUGGCUCCGAGGCUUACCUGCCGGAGGAUAGCGGAUAUGCAGAGAAGAUCACCCCAAGAUGGAACAGCCUUGGGCCUCCAACAUACGUGGUCACUGUGAAGCCGGCCACGGCUGUCGAUGUGCUACAAGUCAGCACGCUGACGAUCGGAGGAGCGGUGACAUUUGCACAAGUUCUCGAUCCACUUUACAAGGCCGGUAAAGAGAUUCAGACGGGAUUCUGCUCCUGCGUUGGCGCGGUGGGAGCAACCCUAGGAGCUGGCGUAGAGACUUUUCAAGGCCUCCACGGGCUGUUAAUCGACGCUUUGAUUAAUGAUGGCCAGGCCUUGGUUGCUGAUUACUUGUUCAAGGCAUCGCAAAAUGUCAGGUUGAUUGAGACAAUCUCAUCGCUUUUACAAGCUCAACCAGAUGAAUUUUCAUUUAUCAAGGUGUUUCAAUGGUCGGCGGAUUAUGAAGCGGUCGGUAGAGCAACCAACCAGCCUUUCCUGGACCUUGAGCCACAGGUCCAGGAUGCCAGAGUUGUCCCUUGGAAUCGCAUCAUCAAAGAAAACAGAUUUGGUGCCGAUGCCUUUGGCGGCGUCAAGGACAACAAGCAGGCCAUGUACGGAUUGAAUAUGUACGCGUAUGAUGUACGCACAGUCACGGAUCUCUUCGAAUUUUCUUCCAACAUGUACCAGCAGGAGCCGGAUAUGCGUCUGGGAAUGUUUGCUACCGAAUUUAAUCGAAAGCGUGUGGUGACGGGGAUACCUAACGCUGCAACUGCUUUUCCCUUAUCGGCAUGCAACCGCAUACUCUCAUUCACUCUCUUGGGCGACGGGCUGGAGUCCCUGGCCAACAGCUAUGCGUUGGCCGCUCGAGAAAAGCUGGCAGGAGGCAGCAACAACCCGGGAUUGGAGACGUACGUCAACUACGCCCAUGGGGAUGAAGGACAACACGCUUGGUAUACGAAGGGCAAUAUGGAAAGGCUGUCGACACUGAAGAAGCGCUGGGAUCCCAAGGGCCUGUUCAACUUCUUCAACGGAAUACUGGGCUAG